GUUUUAGUUAUACCGAUAUCUAUUUUCAUAUAAUUCUUGAUGUGAUACGGUGCAUAACUUAUUUUAUGAGAGAAAUUGUGUGUAAAUUUUAUAUAAAUUCAUCUAGAAAGUAAAUCGUGUUAUUCGGUUUAAUCAGCGACAUUUAAUUUUAGAAGAGAAAAGAAAUUAUAAAAGAAUAUGGCGGCCGACCAAGUUUUCCACUCAAGGUCUGAAGGUAUCCCUUCUGAGGGUGUAAAGGAUCAGUAUGCUGAUGGUAAAGCAGCGAGAGCGUGGAACAAGUUCAUAGGCGACAGCCACCAGCGCACACAGAACUAUAAAGACUUUCUGAUUGGACGAUUGCGGAGACAUGGCUGCAAUAAAGUGCUGGACACCGCCUGUGGAACAGGAAUUGAUUCUAUGAUGCUAGUAGAGGAGGGGUUCAAAAUGGUGUCAACUGACGCUUCCGAUAAGAUGUUGAAACAUGCCCUCAAAGCUCGUUGGGAGAAGAGGAAAGACCACAAAUAUGAUGAUUGGGUAAUUGAAGAAGCAAACUGGGAGACGUUACCUCGAGACAUACAGUCGUUUCUGCCAGGCACGCAGUUUGACGCUGUGAUCUGCUUAGGGAACUCAUUUGCUCAUCUUCUGGAUGAAUAUGGCGACCAGCGGAUGCAGAAGAUGUGCCUGAGGAACUUCGCUAAAUGCUUAAAACCCGGCGGUCUCCUGUUUAUCGAUCAUAGGAAUUAUGACGCGAUGAUAGACAGCGGAGCAACGCCUGGACACUCCAUUUAUUAUAAUUGCAAAUAUCCGGUGGACAUCAAAACAUCAGUACUGGUGGUGCGUGGGAAACCGCAGCUGAUUGCACUCGACUACUGCAUAGAUGGCGCCAAUGAUGACGACAAUGAGAGGAGUGACUUCCGUCUUUGCUACUACCCUCACAAAUUGGACACAUUCACCAGAAUGUUGGACGAAGCAUUCGACUACAACGCCAAGCACCAAAUAUUUGCAGACUUCAAACCAAUAAACGAGGUUCCCGUACCAGGCUUCUAUAUACAUGUGAUGGAGAAAUUUAGUGAUUAAUUAUAGUUUAAUUAUAUUAUUAUUUAUGAUACUCAGAUAAUAAA